GUUUGAAUCAAUUACUAAAUAUGUAUAUGAUUAAAUCCUAUUUAUUUAUGUUUUGUUUUAAAUGUGAUUAAAAGAAGUCUGUGUAGCUAAGUUGUUUGUUGUUAGGCGGAGGGAUAUGGCUCGUGCACUGAGCCCCGGCACGCGGCGUGCGCUAGUCAGUGUAAAGCAGUCGGCUCUGCAGGAGGCUAAUGUCGCCUCAGUGUAUGUGUAGGUUGCGUUUUUAAAUUAUCGAUGGAAUAUAUUUCAUCUUGAAGAUCUAUUUUAACUCAGGUAAGUACAGCUGGGGUGAGGAAGAUGCCUCUGCUCGGUAAAAUCGUGGUGAUAAAGAGAAACGGAACAGAUGGAACCGAAUUUCCCCUCACAGCAUCCUGCCUGUUCGGGAGGAAGCUCGACUGUGAUAUCCGGAUCCAGCUGCCACAGGUGUCCAAAGAACACUGCAGAAUCGAGCUCAAUGAAAACAAAGAGCUUAUUUUGACCAACCUGAGCUCGGUGAAUCCGACUCUCAUCAACGGCGAGAUUCUGCAGCAGUCCGAGCGUUUGAAGCACGGAGAUCUAAUCACAGUUAUCGAUCGUUCUUUCAGGUUCGAGUAUCCGCCUGCGCCGACUCCGAAGAAAAAGCGCUUGUCCACGCCUGGUAAAGGAGAAACUGUCAAGGUCUUGCAAGACCAGCAGGUGAAGAGCACACCUGGAACCACAGAGAAAAAGAAGUCUGAGCACAACACAGAUACCUGUUUGAAAGAUGGCUCCAACCUGCCCGUCUGUCUGGACCAGAGCGCUGGAGAUCAGCAGAACAAAGCGAGCACGGAGAGCACCAUGUCUCCCUUCUCCGAUCUUUACAACAUGGUCAAGCGAGAUCUGGCCACCAAGCCCGUGUGGAAAUCUGCCAGUCUGUCCAAUACCCCUCUCUCAAGACCUCCAGUGGACAAGCAGGAAGUUGAGAAGGUUUCAAGCGAGAACGUCAAGCCGGUGACUCCGAAAUCUGCCCAGAAGAAGAGAAGAUCCUCAACCGCCAAGCCCGUAGAGGGCGCUCAAACAGAGAACUCGUCUGCUGAGGUGAAACCAGCCACGCCUGUGGUUCAGGGAGAAGAGAAGAAGCUCUCCGAGGGCGUCAACACGCCCGUAUCUCAGAAGAAAACUCCUCAGACGACGCCACAGAAGUUCACUGCUGACCAAGUGGCCCAGCAAAUCGCCUUUGAGAGUCCGAGUGCCAAGUCCCCGAAAGCCCGGAGGAGCAGCGCUUCUCAAACCCCGGAGAAACAAACCACUUCCCAGAAUCCCUCAGAACCAGCAGAGGCUGAAGAGGCCAAAGCGAAACAGGGCACCAGGACGUCGCCAAGAGCAAGCGCGGGAAAACGGUUCCAAGUCCAGGACGUGUUGCAGGAGGUUGUAGCCACGCCGAAUUCUGAUGACAAAGCAGGUAAUGGCCAGGCCUCCAGUAAGAAGCACAAGUGUGACGACUUGCCCCUUCCUGCUCCCAAGAGAAAACGUGUGUCCUUUGGUGGACAGCUGAGCCCUGAACUGUUCGACAAACGUUUACCACCUAAUUCCCCCCUACGCCGAGGGGCAACUCCUGGGAGACGCAGCCUGGGGUUCUCUCAGAAACCUCACUCUCUACUCAGACGAGCCUCCACCAUUGGCCUGAUGGGUUACCAGCUUGAAGAGGAUAUUGCAGAGAGCCCUGCUAAGAAUGCUUCACCUAAACGGGCAGCUUCGCCUAAACGGGCAGCUUCACCUGCCAAGACUCUGAAGACUCCAUCGCCUGCCAAGACUCUGAAGACUCCAUCGCCUGCCAAGACUCUGAAGACUCCAUCGCCUGCCAAGACUCUGAAGACUCCAACUCCGGCCAAGAAGUCUCCAAGCCCAAAGGCUAAAACCCCAUCUCCUAAAAAUUCCAAGACCCCUCCACCUUCUUCAAACCCAUCGACCCCUAAAUCCUCAAGGAGGCUCUCGAAUACUUCGGCGAAGUCUCCAUCUCCAAGCGAAGAGUCCCUUCUCAAGACACCUACGAUGCACGGCCGAUUUUCGGUUUCCCGAAUCAGCACCCCGUCGCCCGUCCCCGAUCAGGAGAAAGAAGCGAAGGAAGAAUCCGUACCUGUGGUAGAAGAGCCUCGGGAAUGCGUGACCCCGAAGGCCACGCUGAGAAGGAGCAGCAUGAAGGCGUCGGCUCGGAAGACCCCGAAGAGCGUGCUGAAGAGCGCACUUGAGGUUGUGCGAUCACGACGCAGUGGAGCUUCGCUUGCUAAUUUAAAAGUUGUCAGUUCUUGGGCUGACAUUGUGAAGUUUGGACAAGCUAAACCUCCAACGGAAGGUGGCGCUAAGAAACCAGCAACCAAGAGAACAGCAGCAGUCAAGCAGACUAAAGUGACUAAACCCAAGACACCUGCACACAGACUGAAAGAUCACACAAGUACUGGACACGCGGAUUCUCCAGCCAGUAUAGUCGUCGGCAAAGCCUUUUUAAGAUCUACUCAGCUUGUUGGUGCUGCUCCUAAAGUAGUACGCAACGUCGCCCUGUUUAAAAAGGAUAUGAAAAUGGAUGAAGAUCUCACCGGGGUGUCUGAUAUCUUCAAAACUCCGGCUAACAGCAGACGGAAGAGUGCUUUUACAAAGACGGAUGAGUGUCCAGCAACACCGCUUGGUGUUGGUGAAAUGACUGAAGCAUCAGUAAUGAAUACUCCUGAGGAAUCUGGUGAAAUGGUGGUGUCCCCCAUGAGUGUCGCGUCCACCGCCAAACUUGGGCGCUACAACAGCGAAGCUGUAACCAGACUCCUCCAGGACGACCAGGAUGGAAGUUUAAUUGAAGAUGACUCAGCCGCCGUUUCUCCAUCUGAAGUUUCCACAGUAUUAGAUAUGCCCAGUGAAGAUCAAACCGAGAACAAGCAGGCUGUGCCAGUCCAAACUCCACAACAGAAACCCGCCCCGUCAGAAUGCCUUACAGGAGUCAAAAGACUCAUGAGAACGCCUAAGCAGAAAGCCGAGCCUAUAGAAGACAUAAGAGGCAAGUUACUCAAGACACCCAAAGAGCCAAAACCACCCCAGGAAGAGAGUUUGGAAGGUGUUAAAGAACUCCUUAACACCCCAAAACAAAAGGGAACUCCCUUAGAAGAAGACAUGGCUGGAUUAAAGAGGCGGAUGAAGACUCCAAAAGAUGCAAACAGUCCUGUAGUGUGUGCUGUAGGCUUGAAGAGGCUUGUCAAGACCCCCAAGGAUAAGACUGAGCAAGAGGAGGACCUUACUGGAGUAAAACGAUUGAUGAAGACUCCCAAGCUGAAGAAACAGCCGGUUGAGGAAGACCUGACAGGCAUUCAAGAGAUGAUGAAAACUCCCAAGCAGAAGACCCAGCUGGUUGAGCAGAAGAAACAGCCAGUUGAGGAAGAUCUGAUGGGCAUUCAACAGAUGAUGAAGACUCCCAAGCUGAAGAAACAGCCAGUUGAGGAAGACCUGACAGGCAUUCAAGAGAUGAUGAAAACUCCCAAGCAGAAGACCCAGCUGGUUGAACAGAAGAAACAGCCAGUUGAGGAAGACCUGACAGGCAUUCAGCAGAUGAUGAAAACUCCAAAGCAGAAGAAACAGCCAGUUGAGGAAGACCUGACAGGCAUUCAGCAGAUGAUGAAAACUCCAAAGCAGAAGACCCAGCUGGUUGAAGAUCUGGUUGGUGUGAAGAGCUUGCUUCAGACCCCUAGGGAGAAAGGAGAGCCAGUUGAAAAUGACUUUGGAAUUGAUAAUUUGAUGAAGACCCCCAAGCAAAAAAGAGAUGAAGCGGUGGUGGGUUCCACCAUCGUUGCAGAGCCUGACUCUGUGGGUUCUGAUGUUUUGCCUGUGGAAGAUGCCAGUGUGGAAUCUGAAGAGAAGGAAAACAUCUGCCCGGUUGAGGAUGUGAAAAAUGAUACAGAAGCAGCUGUUGGUCUACAGAUCGAGACAGAAGAAGCGAAAACUUCUUGCCAGGAGGUUGGAGAGGUCACCUCAUGUGACGUGAUGACUAAUGCUGACAAAGAUGUCCAAGAAACACCGCUUGAAACUGUUUGCACUUCUGAAACGAUCAGUACGGCUGUAGAAGCCACUCCAGCUGUAGCUUCUCCUAAGGCAGAGGAGCAGACAAACAGAUCCUCAACUGCUAAAAAGACUAGGCGUGGUGUUCAAGUAAGAAAGGCACAGAAAUCCCAGAAGAGUCAAGAACAUCAGGUGGAUUCGGAUUCUCUGUCUGUUACAGUUGCAGGAGCGGAGGAGGAACCUAGUGCUGAGUCUGUGAAGUCUGUUCCUCCUGUGCGAGGAAUGAGAGGCAAGUCAGCUAUUGAGCUCACUGAGGAUGUUCCUGUACAAAGUCCUGCUAGAAAAUCUUCCAGAGGAAGAAUCCCCAAGGAGCAAGUGAAGGCUCAGAAAUCAUCUCUUGUCUCUGCAGAGGAUGAGCAGGUGGCACUUAAACCCAGGAGAGGAAGGAAAGCCGAACAAGAUGUUGAAGUUUUGCAGGUAGAUCCUGUUACUGACUUGAAGGCUUCUGCAGAGGUAGAAGUCUCCAUGAAGUCACCAGCUCCUGCUAGAGCCAAGAGAGGAAGGAAGCAAAAACAUGAAUUAGAGAAUCCACAAGAGCCAGAAGCUUUGCCUGAAGCUUCAGUUGAGGAGGUUGGGGUGGCAUCAGAAAGUGCUGAACUUCAGCCAUCAGCAGAGACUGAGGCUCCUGUUAAGUCCAACACCAGAGCAAGGAGAGGCAGGACAACAAAGAAGGAACCCACAACGGCUGCAGAAGUUGAGGAAACCUCAGACAUUAAGAGCCCAGAUGCUGCAGUGGAGGUGAAAGCUGUUGUACUAGAAAGUUCUAAAAUUGAAUCCGCAGCAGAAAAUGAGAAUUCUCUUAAAUCCACCACAAAAAGCAGGAGAGGCAGACCAACAAAGAAGGGAAUGCUGAAGGCCUCACAAGUUGAGGAAUCUCCUGAGCCCACGCCGAUUGUUGUGGAGUCAGAUGAUAAGAGCUCAGAUGUCGUAGCGGCGCUUGUUGAUCUAGUUGAGCCCAAAUUACCAGAGAGUACUGAAGUUCAGUCAGCAGCAGAAACUGAAGAUCCCAUUAAAGCCAACUCGAAACCGAGGAGAGGCAGGGCAACAAAGAAGGAAACUUCAGUAACAGCACAAGUUGAGGAAACAUCUAAACCCACUUCAGAUUCUGAGGUCCUGCCUGAAGAGCACACUCAAAUGCCUAUGGUGAAGUCUAGACGAGGAAGGAGAGUGAAUCCAGUGGCUUUGAACAACCAAGCAGUGGUUGAUGAAUCCAAUGUUGAGCCUCAAACAGUUGAAUCUCAGCCUAAACCAGAAGCUCCAGCAGUCAGGUCUAGCCGAGGUGCUAGAAACAAGUCAUUAAAGCCACAGGUAGAGGAUGUUGCUAACGAUCCUGCUACAGAAACCAGUGCAACAGCUGCUGUGACCGAGGAACCAGCCGAAGAACCAGUGGUCAAAAACGUCAGAGGAGGCAGGAGGAAAAAACAAGCAGAGCCCAAAGCUCAGGUUUUAGAUGAUUCUCAGGAAGAAGCUCAAGAUAAACCCAGUAUUGAAACCAUUCAGCAGUCAGAAGCUCCUGCAGCCAAAUCAGCCAGAGGAAAGCGCACAGCUGCUGUCAAGGAUGAACCAGAAGCUCCAGGUAAAAGAGGUCGUCGCGCAGCUACUGUUGAAGUUCCUCCACCAGUUGUCAAGCCCAGCCGUGGUAGAAAAGCUGCUGCAAAAUCAGAGCCAGAGGAAGCCACAGCAGUGGUGGAACCAGUCGAACAGACCAGCAAUGAAACAAAUGAACCCGGGUCUGUGACGGAUGAAACUCCACUCGCACAGGCAGAGUCUGAGGAGGUUGGUGUUAGCAGUGAGGUGGUAGCUAAGAGAGGAAGAGGGAGAAUCACUAAGAAAGCCAAGGUCUCAACCAAGGACACUCAAACAGUCAAUGAAGCUGAAGAAAAAGCAGCUGAGGAAGAGCCUCAACUAAAGAAGUCUAAGAAGAAAGAUGAACCAGCAGCUAAAGAUGAUGCAGAGACCAAGCAAUCGGUCAAAGGGCGCAAGGGGAGAGGGGCAAAGAAACAAGAAGAACCAGAAAACGAGAAGCCAGCUGCUGAAGAAAAUGUCCAACCAGUCAGGAGAGGAAGAGCGGGUGCUUCAGUAGUCUCCCAACACGAUGAAGUAGCUGCCUGCCCAAAAAGGGGGCAGAAAAGGAAAGAGACGGAGGUUGUAGCUGAGGAAACACCAGACGCAGAGUCCUUACCGAAGAGGAAGAGAGGCAGAGGAGCUGGUGCAGAAGCUCAAACAGAUGCAGCUGUACCAGGCAAAGGCAGGAGGACAGCGGCGAAGGAGACAGAAGAAACCUCUGAAGUGGAAGCAGAAGAAGCUCCUAAAAAGGAAGAAAAACCUGGAAGAGGCCGGAGAAAAGCAACUCAGGAAGAUGUUCCACCUCAGGCUGAUGAUGCUGUCUCGGAAAUAACCACUCGCCGAGGAGCCCGAGGGCAGAAGAAAGCCGAGACGGACGUCCCUUCAGCUCCUGUGAGACGGACAAGAAGGAAAUAAAGCACUGAUCUUGUGAUGAUGUAAAUAAUCUGCAAGAACGAGGGGUUUUUAUAUAUUAAGACCAUUUAAUUAUCGUGGUGGCUUUUGUACCGAUGUAUUUUUUUUUUUUUUUCAUUCCCAGUUUAACUAUUUUUUUAUUGUUUAAAAAAGCAUAAUUGUUUUUAAAAAUCAUUUCAAAUUUUCAGAUUUAUUUUUUUAAACCUUGAAACAUUUGGGGCAUUUAAUGCAUUUGUAUUAACAGGAUUGCUUUUUGUUCCCCCUCUCCUUUAUAGUCACGCAAAGCCUUCUGUCUCUCAUUUCUCUUCUUGCUUGGGGGGAAAGUUUCCUUUUAUGUACUUGUGUCCAUCAUAUGCUUUUCUUUUUUUAAUUUUUUAAAUCCGCAUAUUUUAAGCAGUGUUUGUAUUUGUAGCUUGAAAAAAAAAAUCCUGAUAAUAAACAGUAGGAUUGGAAA